AGCUUCGUUACGCUGCGCAUCGUGCGCAAUCGUGGAACGCGCUUUUGAUUCGAUGUAAUAAAAAAAGAAUAUAUUUUUUCCUACCAGGUUUCCCUUCGGUCAUGGAGAUCGUCGUGUAUAUUACUGUAUUGCGUUUCUAUUUGCUGAAAAUUAGCACCUGAAAGUCAUUGACGUGUAGCGUUUGCGUAUUUCCCCCGCUGGACCUGUGGUGCUCGGGCAUUUCAAAACUUGUAGGACAACUUUUUUUUUCGUGAACAGUGUGAGUGGAUGGAGCUUAUGAAAUUGGGAAACUAAUAUUCAAGUUUUUUUGCACUAUGCUUGUUCCGUUAAUUCUGACCCUAGUGAAUUCAACGUAAACGUGUUCUAAUGAUGGGAUUUUACUACAGAUCAUGAUGAGUCGACUAAUACGUGCUUAAAUUAUGGAUUAUUUUUUCCUGAAAUGCAAAAACAGAAAGCAGCGUUGGAAUAGCCGAUGACCUGAUUGUCGUUUGUUUGUAAACAUCUCAACCGUGACUGGCGACGAUCUCUGCUGGGUUUAUUAGAAAUAAUUGCAUGCUUCCUUUCGCCUGAACCCGUGCUCGAGGUUUCUAAGAUUUAUCAGCACAUAGCCCAGUCCCUAAUAAGAAGCCGAUAACACCUGGCCUGAUACGGACCAAACAACACAAUCCUAUUCAAGUGAAUACGGUAACUGUGCAUUGAACACUGUAAAUAAGCCACCAAUAAAGUGUUGAAACAAAAAGAGCGACAAACCGUCGAGAAGUUGUGCUGUUGUGACGAUUCGGACUGACGGGCAGUCGAUAAUCUGACUGAGCUGCUAUCGAUGCCUAGGCGGGUGGAAGCCUCGCAGUUCUCCAGUCAUCAUCAUCAGUUGAGUGUGUGAUGCGCGACCGAACAGGUGACCGUACGAUGAUGCUAUGAAUAAGAGGUGACAAUAUUUCCACCGUGUGCGCAGUGAAACGUGGGAUCCUCGACGAAAGCAGAUUCACAAAAUUCAAGCUCACGCCCGAAAAGUGCAAUGAUUAGUGAUAGUGGUUAUCGGAAUACUUAGUUAUUGUGCUUGGGAAACCCAAUCCCGACGGAAGAAGGUCACAGUGUUGGUCGUCGACUUGCAUCAAGUUCAUUGACCGAACCAAGAAGAAAGGAAGCGGAAAAGCCCUUGCAAGGCGCCAAUAGAGUGAUUUAGUGAUAAGCGUAAUCAACCGAAAGAAACAGGUCGUGAAAAAGAAUUGACGAAAAUGAAAUCCAACUACCUUUGCGGAUUAUCGUGUUGGCAUCCAGCAUGGCUUCAGCGGUUCGCGACGUCACGUUCCUUUAUCAUGGUGUACGGAUUCCUCGGAACCACGCAGGCAAUGGCCUACAUCUACUUCGUAAUUACCCUCACGACACUCGAGAAGCGGUUCAAAAUUCAAUCGUCCACUACAGGAAUCAUCCUCAGUGGAAAUGAAAUUUCCCAAAUCCUACUUUCCCUUAUCCUCUCAUAUGUGGGAGGCCACAGGAAUCGGCCCCGUUGGAUAGCGUGGGGUGUUGUGUUCUGCGCCCUGUCCUGCUUCAUCCUGGCGAUGCCGCACUUCAUCUAUGGGGCAGGCGACGCGGCACUGCAGCUCACCAAGGAGUUCAUCAACGAGCAGGAAGCGGAUGAGCUGCUCAACAGCCACAAUCUGACGCGAAUCGUCAAAAGCACCAACCGGCUGUGCCUGGAUUCGGUCAGUCCGAAAGAGUGCCACGACAUCAUCUCAGUAAUUCCACUGGUAUUAAUAUUUUUAUCCCAGUUUGUGUUGGGUAUUGGGAACACACUGUACUAUUCGCUCGGUCAUACCUAUUUAGAUGACAACACUAAGAAAACCAACACACCACUUAUGCUGGCCUACGCUUCAUCGCUGCGAACGUUUGGUCCGGUUGUAGGAUUUGCACUUGGAUAUUUCGCUCUGAAGAUUUAUAUCGAUCCGUCAAAAACUCCAGUCAUCGAUAGCAGUGAUCCACGAUGGUUGGGAGCCUGGUGGCUUGGGUGGAUCAUACUGGGAAUCGCUAUGCUGUUCUUCGCCGCUUUGAUUGGCCUGUUCCCAAAAGAACUGCCCAAGAGAAAUGCUACAACCGAUAGGCCCAAAUCAAAUAUGCCCGUAAUCCUAAUGAAUGAUGCUGAAGCAUUUGGAAAGGAGAAAAAUCCUUUGAGCAAAACUAAGGACCAAAACGGUUUAGCAGUGCAAAAGAAAGAUGAAGUUGGCAUGAUAGUAGAAUUACCCCAGUUGAAAGAUUUCCCUAAAGCGUUGAUGCGACUCCUCAAGAACAAACUACUGAUGUUCAACAUAAUCUCUGGAAUAUUCUACAUUUUGGGAUCCAGUGGCUACAUAACAUUCCUGAGCAAAUACAUGGAGGUUCAGUUCCACAAAUCUGCCGCCAACGCAACGGUCAUCACUGGACCCAUCACCCUAUUCGGAAUGGUCGCCGGUUUUCUAAUCUCAGGCAUUGUCAUCUCCAAGAAGAAACCCUCUCCGAAGAUUCUCCUUUUCUGGAACGUAAUCGUUGGUUUCGGUUACAUGCUUGGACAAUUCUCGUACUUAUUCCUAACAUGUCCCGACGGCACUAUGCCGCUGGUGAACGGAAGCCUAAAUUUGACGGCACCAUGCAACAGUCAGUGCCACUGUGAUGAUAUUCCCUACAGCCCGGUCUGUCAGGAAGAAACCGGAAUCACAUUCUUCUCCGCCUGUCACGCUGGAUGCGACGCGUGGAAUCCCACCGAAAAGUAUUACGACAAAUGUACCUGCCAGAAUGAAAACUAUUCACCCAUUACGAAACCCUGGGAAACAAAUCCUCCUAUCACUACGAGUACCCUCGCGAGAGAAACAACCCUCCCAGAUAUUACGCUGUCUACAUACGAUGCUCCAACUCCUAUCACUUGGGCACCCAGCGGCUUAGAAACAAACAGCAUUUCCGCUUCUACAAUGCCGACUGAGUUGAAUGAUAGUGGAGAGAAACCUCAGGGUAAAUCAGCUCUUUUCCAGAAAAACACCGCGGAACCGCACAGCUCGUCCGACACAGAAGACACCGAUCUGGACGAUGUCUAUCUGUACGACGAUGAGGACGAUUUGGACUUCGACGAAAAAGACUUUAACGCGACCACAAGCAAGGAAACCGACGCUGAUGCUCGGAACAGAACGCGACGAGCGGUCGAUGAGACAGAGUACUCCAGUACGACGUCCUCUAACACCGAGAGUCCGUUCACAGCGCGGAUGAUUCCCGGAGCUUGCCUGAAGGGCUGCGCAAUGGGAUUUUACCUGUUUUCUAUUAUUUCCAGUAUUAUCAAUUGCUUCGGAGCUUCCGGUCGCAUCGGGAAUUUGCUGGUGAACUACAGAUGCGUUGCCAAGGAGGACAAAACAUUUACGCAAGGACUGAUCCUGAUGAUGAUCAGUCUCUUUGCCUUGAUUCCGGGCCCGAUCAUUUACGGGCGCAUCAUCGACAGUACCUGUUUGGUGUGGACAGAAGAGUGUGGGAAGCGGGGGAACUGUCAACUGUAUGAUCAGCGACUGUUCCGGUAUUACAUCAACAUAACGGCACUAUGUUUAACGGCGAUCGGAGUAUUUUUCGACGUAUUAGUAUGGUGGUAUGGCCGAACACUGGAUCUUUACGGUGAACGAGAAGCGGCUGAGCAGAAAAAAUCGACGACAGCGCCACAGUCCAAAAGUGCAUUCAACUGAUGAAACUCAACUAGCGAGUGCUUCUUAACCGUUCACUGGCAUUUGAUAUUUCGGAUGUAAUACCAACUUGGUCUUGCAUGAACGUUUUUAUGUGAUUUUUUUAUUUAAAACAGUAAAAUAGAAUAAAAAUUCUAAAAUCCGCAAAUAUACAAUCUUAAUCUGUGAUUUGUUGAAGCAGUAACAUCGUUACAUAUCCAUUGCACGAUUGUGAAUAAACUUAUAAACAAUUUUAA